AGCGCGUAGCCUUAGAGCUGAAAACUCUGGCAAAAACCCCUGAAACUCUGCAAUUACUGUAGACAUGAAUUUCAAAAUACGGCGUGCUGCGAAGGAAGACUGCAAAGACAUAUCGAGGAUGAUAAUGGAUUUGGCGAUUUAUGAAAAGAUGCCUGACCAAGUGAAGAUUUCGCAUGAAGAGCUAGAGCGUGAUGGUUUCUGCCAGAACCCCUUCUUUGAAUGCCUCGUUGCAGAAGUACCGGAAGAGCAUAAGUCUAAUGAGGGAUUCACAGUCAUCGGGUACGCCCUUUACUUUUACACUUACAGUACAUGGAAGGGGCGGGCAGUAUAUUUGGAGGACCUGUAUGUGAUGUCAGAAUUCAGAGGAAAUGGCAUUGGUACAGCUUUAUUGAGCAAAGUUGCAGAGAUUGGAAAAAAGAAGCAGUGUGUGCGGCUGCAGUUGUCUGUGUUAAACUGGAACACUCCCUCUCGAGACUUUUAUGCUGCUAAAGGAGCUCAGGACCUCACUGUCACUGAAGGCUGGCACGCUAUCCGCUUUGAUGGACAGAACCUGGACAAUUUAGCAAAUGAAGCACCUAAAGAUUGACAAGAAAACUAUGCUGUUUACCUUUCUGUGCAAAAUGGUGCUUGUUUUAAAACGUUGUUGUUGUUUUUCUCCAUAAAACAGCCUUAAUUAUAUCUUGUGUGUGUCCUUGAUUUAACAAAUUAAUUUACAGGGGGCGAAGGAUGUGAAAUACACAUGAAUUUAGUAUUUUUGAUGUGAUACGGCUAUCCCUUUUGAUUUCUUCUUCUAUAGACUUGAAAUAGUAUCGCUCAAAGUCCCAUAAACACAGACCCCUGCUAAAGAAAACACUGAGUAGCAUAAAUCCAUGGUUCGGUACAUUUUUAUGUUUUCAUGUACGUUUCUGAGGAACUGAAAACCCAGUGGAUUACUUUCACUCUUACAGUGAUGCAGCUACUGUGACCAAUUAAGUAAUGAAAAGGAAGAGAUAUUGAAACAACCUGUUAAG